AUUCUAUCAAACACUAAAAAAACAAAAACAAAAAACAGUAUUGAUCAGUUUGAUGUGGAAGGUUGCCCCUUUGAUUAUCUCGAGAUCUAUGAUGGACCAACUGCAAAUGACCCGCCCCUAGGCCAGUACUGUGACGUUGCUCCGGGAACUGUGAAAUCCACCGGAAACUCAAUGCACAUUGUUUUUUACUCGGACUCAUCUGAAAACAGAAAUGGAUUUAUUGGAUCAUAUGUUGCAGAGAGUAGGUCAAGGCUUGACAUAAUUUUUUUCCUCUCUCUCCCAACCCCUUACAUGAACCCACAUUUCAUAAUGACCCUUUUCAGUUCAAUUAUUGCAGUAAUGCUUAUUAUUUUCAGAUUUCAGUACUAGUUUUCAUACCAGUAUCUAAAAUUAAAAAAAAAAAAAAUUAAAAUUAAAACUGGGGAACUUCUGCGCAAUGACAAUAACUGUGGCAAUUUAUUUGUGAAUGGCCGCUAAUUUGAAUGUUUACAAUUUCCAACUUCCACUUCCACUUGAUUGAAAGUGAUUUUAAAAUUAUGACAUUUUAACAUAAAAGCAUGAUUAUGAUAAAUGUAUUUUAAUAUAUGAGUCAUCAUUUAUUAAAUCUUUUGUUCAGCCCAAUGCAGACAAAAGAAUUGUUCCCACACUUGUGAAGUGCUGUCAACUAAACCAUGGAGAGAAGAAUGUCUCUGUUCUGAGUGGAUGAGGCUGGAUGAAACGGGAACCACAUGUUUAGAAAUUAAUGGUGGGUUUUUGAAUAUACAUCAAUCCCAAUGAUCAGUCUGAUGGCUUUCAAAGAAAAAUAUUGAAUUGAUAGUCAAAACUAUUUAAUGAAAUCUAAAGACAGGACUGAUGAAAGGAAGUUUUCGGCCAGUUGCCUGCUUCAGCAGACAAUACAAAACAAAGAAACGAGAAAGAAUUAGAAACUUAUUUUUUUAAAACCUUAAUUGCCAGGAGAUCUGAAUGUUGGGAAACAACAAGCUCUCUAUGUUCACAGACGGAAGCGCUCUAUUCUCAUUGGUGUGUGGCUCUAAUCUUACAAUUUUACAUUAAUAAUACUUAAAUUUUCUUUUACCUCCUGUAAAUCUCUUUGCUAGUACUCAGCACAGAACUAUAUGUUACCCACGCUUUAGUUUUGAACUACUUAACCUCCAUCUCAAAAUUAAAGCACUUCCGUUUUUAAACAUAAGGCAUUUGGUAUCCAACAUUGAGAUCUCCCAAAACAUACGUUUUUGAAUUCAUUUCUAAUUCUUUGUGGUUUCUUUGUUUUGUCAUGUCUGCCAAAGAAGGCGAACAGCAUCUCUUUUUUGAUGGUCCUGUCUUUUCAUUUCAAGCCUAAACAUACCUCCUCCCACUGUUUCCUUCACACGGCUUGAACGCAUUCCCUCACAUAUUAUCCUUUAAUCAAAUUUGUAAAGUUAUUUAGUAAAAGGUAUCUAUAGUAUGUAAAUGGUCAUUUGAAAAAUUAUGUGUCCAAAAAUAUGUACUAUUUGAAUGAGUGCCUUUUUUUUCGAUUUCGAUCAUUAUGCAUGUACAUUUUAAUAAAUAUUUCUUUUUCUAUAAAUAUGCAAAGGUUAAAAUGUGUAUCUUUCAUUUGACUGUUACAGCCUGCAAUACAACAACAAAUGAGUCAUCCGGAUACCUUGUGAGUCCUGGAUAUCCAGAAAAUUACCCGGAUGCAACGUGCUGCCACUGGACGAUUGAGGCAGUUGAAAAUGCUGUAAUAACACUGAGGUAA